AUGAGCACUCCGGUCGACCCUCACAAAUCGGUGGUGCUCCGCCUCUCCGCAGCUCAGUCCUCAGGUGGCGAUAUCCUGUUUCCCGAACGCCGCAUCACCUUACACCAGGGCAAAGACACUAUCACGAUCGGACGGGCUUCCAAAAUAUCCACCAAAGGCUUUGUCGCGAGCGCCGAAAACGCGUGGUUUGAUAGCCCGGUGAUGUCCAGACUGCAUGCCCGAUUAUCGGUCAAGAUGGAUGAUAAGAAGAUUGAAAUCAAGGACCUGGGCUCGCUCCACGGAACAUUUCUGAACGGUGGCCAGCGUAUCUCAGCCGAUGAAUAUGUCGAGUUACGGCAUGGAGAUGUCUUACAGUUUGGUUCACCGAUCUGGCGGGGCAACGAGCAAUUUGUCCCGACCACGGUCAAGGUCGGCGUCCAAUUUCCCACGCGUGACGGCACCAGCACCUUCCAGGUGCCUGACGAGUCUGAGGACGAGUGUCUCGAUGAUUCUCAAUCCAGCGACAGCGUUGUGAUGAUCACUUCCAACAGGUCCCAUCCUGCGGCACAGAGCAUCCCCGCCCAAGUCACCAGACCUGAGACGCCAGUCAUCGAUUUGACCGGCGCACUUAGCGGUUAUCGGCCUCGACAUUCCUUUAACAUGUCAACGCCGUGCGGCUCUCAGAACCGCAUCCAGGACGCCCGGGAAUCGGCUAGCUUUGUCGAGAGCCAAGAUGAGACGGCAGAGGACGUCAUUUAUGAUCUAUCAACCAACUAUGAGCUUGAGGAUCCCGUGGCCGACGCGAAUCCAGGAGACAGAACUCUCGUAUCUGACGACAUGACCGAACUUGAAUCAAGCGGAUCCCCGAAGACGGGCGUCAAACACGGCUGGUACGAAUUCGAUGAGCAAGACGACGGGCGGGACGACGGGCAGGACGACGAGCAAGACGAUCACAAGAGCCUCAGUGAACGCACUGAUGACGACAGCCAGAUCGAUUACCCGGACGAAGACUCCGAUAGUCAGAUGGAUAGUUUCGACGAAGGCGUGAGCGACGAGGACAUGGAAAGCGUUAGCACGGACGAUGACAUACAGAAUAAUGUAGUUGUCGAGGCCGGCUAUGCUUAUGGGUCUGAGGCGUCGGACGCGUCGGACGUGUCGGACGACGGUAGCCUAGACUUGGAUUCCAGGACCGCCUACACUGCUUGGGAAUAUUCGUCACAGCAUCCCCAAUCUCUGGAGUAUCCGGAAAUCGUUCCGUUAAUCGACUCUCUGUCACGCUCGCCCGCGCCUUCCAACCCAAGUCAGACUGUCCCCGGGGCCAACACUGUCGCCAGUAUCGACUGGUUGCUGAACAGCGACAAACCACGGCAGCCAACCCCGGGCCUUGGACAUGAGGAAACGAUGCCAUCACAUUCGUCCCCGGCAACAGAGGCGGCUGCGGUGCUAGGUGCUAGGACCGGAAAGAUCGACUACUUCCUGGCGAGAGAAGACAAUAAAAUGGCUCUGGGGGCGCAGAAGGCUACAUGCCAGCGACCGACAUCCGUGCAAGAUCUUUGCAACGAGUACGAGCCUGUUGAUGGACUGGGCAACUACAGCUCGGCGGCGCACCCGGCCACGUCGUCCUUCAUCUUGCCGUCCGCGGAGAAUCUAUCUGACCCUGUCGAAUCCGGCCCAUUCUGUGGAUUUACGCCAUGCGAGCCUCGGACUACAGGUUCGCCCGUGAGCAUCAGCGAGGAAGUGUACGGUUGCUCUCGUCGGACAUACGUAGGCAUAUCGGACAUCGUCAACGCGAACCAGCAAAACCCCUCUGACAAACCCGAGCGGUCAUUGGAGCAAAUGGAAGUAGGCCGAAAGGCAAAGCGAAAAGCAGAAAAUAUUUCAGACACCACCGAUGCUGAGGAGCGGUGGGCUGAAUCCGCCUCUAAGAUACCUUCUCCAGACCCGUCUAUCGACGAGAGGAACACGCACCCCGACACGCACCCCGAGCCCCCAGCGGAGACCGUUCAGGAGCCUACCAAGCCGUCGGACCACGACGGUGAGCAUUCCACGACCAGAGAGCCGCAGACUCUCGAGAGGCCUGUGAAGAGAGCGCGUAUGAUGCGUGUCGCAGAGCGUCUGGGAUAUGCUGCUCUUGGCGGCGUCACGGCUGGGGCCAUGAUAGUUGGCACGCUCAUAUACACCGCCCCUACAUUCGGUUGA